UGACUGGAAUGACUUGUGAAGUUCGAAAAAUCUGGACAACGCGGUAUGUUUUUCUAUUUCAAAAUGGCGUCGAAAAGGGUAUUGUACCAACCGGCUCCGAAAGAGAAUGUUGGUCAUAAAAAGACGAGGAAACCUUUAGUUCAAGGACGACUUGCAAUGGAUGCAGGUGUUGAACGUAAAAGUGCUCCCCACCUUGUACAGGGCCGGGUAACCAACAUCGAAGAAAGUUUGGAUCCCACCCUGAGUCCCCUCAAGUCCGUGCCGGUGCUGACAGAACACUCCUCGCCGCGGCCAGAACCUCCCUCUCAGUGCCUCGACCUCUCCGAUGCCGAUUUUGAGGCUAGCGUGACCUCUGCACUGCGGCAGUCGCAGCCAGUCAUGGUCUUCGAUGCCUCCCACCUGGGCAACUCCCCACACAGUCGAGAGGUGGAAGUGGUGGUCGCCUACGAGGACUCCCCAGCCCGUGUGGUCUGCCACAGCCCCCGCCAUCUGGAACGUUCCGGGAGAUCCUCCAGGAAAGGGUCAGCGUCGUCUGUGAAGAAAAGCCCCGUGUCGCUGAGCGACAACAGCGUGCCGCACUGGUCCGUGCCUGUCGACAGAGUGCCCAGGGUGGGUUCUGUGUCGAAGGAUAUCAACAGAAAUCUCUUCCCUGGGGAAGGCAGUGAGAACGGUAGUGUGUUUAACAGUGGAAUAGAAAUGGAGACCCCGACUAAAUUUGCCAGGUCCGUGGAGAAUGAGGCAUACAUCUCACAGCACAGCCGAGGCAUCAUCCAGGAGAUUUUAGCCCAGGAAAUGGGCACCAGUAAUUUGGAUGCCAUUUCUUUGCACAGCCAAGGGAGCUCACCUUCCCUCAGGCAGAAGUUGUCUCCCAUGUCAUCCUCCCCGACUGCGUCGUCAAGGAGAACGGUACCGCACACGUCCAGCCCAUUGUCUCGUACUCCUCUCUCUCAGAGCAACCACAACAGUGUCCAUCACCAGGGUCAGGAAUCGGGGAGGAAAGUGGUGAAAAUCUCCAACUACCCACAGCCCAAGUUUGACGAUGACUCGGACACGUCGACCGACAGAGUCCCGGUCAAGGACGACAAAGAGCCUCGUGUCACAAAAACCUCAGCGACGGCGCAGUUCGAGCCGGACAACUCUGAUUCGGAGACGUGCUCUCUUUACGAGUAUGUUUCUCCCAGAGUAAAACCUGUGUCGAGUUCGGCUUCCAAGCAGUCGAAGACUGGGGAGAAACUGCAGAAUGCUCCAGUUAAUCCUCCCGGUUCUGUACGCAAGAAAAAACCAGUCCGCAUGGUUCCAUCUCGGUACAUGCAAAGUGCGUCUCAGUACAGUAAGGCUAAUCAGACGAUUUCUUCCUCGAAAAACUCAACCUCCAGUGGGGAUAAUUCCAUUCCUUCUGUUAAAAAAAUGCAAAAACAAAAGUCCAUCUUGGGUAAACCUCCUGGGAAACCCGUAAAACAAGAGAAAGGGGUUGUCAUGAACAAACAGUCAACAAGGGGGGCUUCUUCAGCUCCUUUGAAAAAUAAUUCCUCAAAGCACGGGGGUAUCUCUGCCGCAGGUAAAGAAAACAGGCAAGUGUCGUCAGCUGUCGUGGAAGCGUACGGCGAGUCAGAAAGUCCCAAAACUUUAGUCCGGGACACAGAUCGUCCUGGUGGAGGCUCCCACAAGACGUCGACCCCCACACACGAUCAGCUCGCCUCGCUGUCCCAAAGCAUCGAUGCGUCUGCGAUACAGUCGGUCUCUGCUCUCUCCCUCAGCACCUGGGGCCCGGGAAUGUCCAUGCUGGAAGAAGAAACGAACGGCAGUGGAGCCGGCGGUCCCAAGUCGGGACAAACAGCAGGACGUCGGGCACAAAGUAAAACGGCUGUGACCUCAGAAAACGAGCCUUCAGAACGUGGUAGUAGGAACAAGCCGCUGUCCUCCCAAAACCUAGAUUUGCUGUACUCGCGGUACAUUCAGGGCCAGUUUCUCAUCUCUCGAGUGAAGAAGCUGUUCAGAGAGCAGGAAGAGCGGGUGAUGAAGCAGCUGGGCGGCUUGUGGCAGCUGUUGGAGGAGAAGAGGGAGGAGGUGUGUGGGCAGGAGCGAGAGCUGCACCGUCUGAGGACGCUCAACCUGCUGGACCAGACCCUGGGCGUGGGCAGAGAGCUGGGCUCCCUGGUGACCGCCAUCCCACAACUGGACUCGGACUUCUCCCAGCUGGGCCAGGCGCUGGGGGCCACUCGCAACCAGCUGCCCACCCGAGACGUGUACUUCCCGGCUGGCGGGGAAGACGCGGUGGAGGAGUAUGGCGACAAGAUGGAGCAGGCCCUGCGGGACUCGGAACAGCUUCUAUCGGAGAUUUCCUCGGAGACAGAGGAGCAGACGCUUGCCUUGAGCCAGUAUCUGUCCAGCCUGUCGGCCAUCGACAAGAACACGGGCGCCACCGCAGAGGGGCUGACUCGGUGUGUCAAGGACUUGGACUCUAUUCAGGCUCUGACCACGCGACUCGUGUCUCUCAACCUACAGAACUUACAGGGGCAGGAUAUUUCUUAACACCUCCAACAGUCUUGUGGCUUGAAGAAUCAGGGUUGUCAACUGUUUUGAAUUUCCCGGGACUAUCCCUUUGGAACUAUCUCAUCCCUAUAAAAAGAGCUGCAGAGCUGGCUUCCCAUGCCAAACUGCAUCCAUCUCCCCUGGACGCUGAACUAUUUACAGCAACAGGGGGGUGAAAAGGUAAAAGUAAGUCCCGGAUCUGGCAAUUCUAGAGCCGUAUCACAUACACUCUAAAACCAGUCCCACUCUAGAGUAAUUUUGUUUAGACAUCUAAUGACAUGACCUUGGGUGUUCCUGAUUGACUGGGUUCUGAAAAAGUUGGCCAGCGUGGUGGUGGCUCAGGACCCUGGUUGGUAACUAAACUAGUUGUAACACUAACACAGUUCUGCCUAACAAAAGAUCAAAGAAUUGUGUUCACUUUUGUUGGAAGAAUGUGGGUUGGAUACAGAAUGUACCAGCAUCUGUGGUGUAGUGAGACAGGCGCUUUGCCGUUGCACACAGGUGGGAAUUUGAUUCCUGAAUGGAGGGGGGGGGUUACGGUGAUCUCAGCCUCUCACCGCUGGGAUGCUAUAGUUGUAUCCUUAUCCUUCUCGGCCUCGGCGAGGGUUGGCCUUGACUGGCAGGGUCAAAGCCUGCCUCCUAAACAGAUCUAAAAAUUGUGUCGAUGGGGACGUCAAAAAGUUGGAUGAGUUUAUUUGACCACUUUCCACAAAGCGAGUUUUCUCGUCACUGGUCCAAAUUGGGGUGCUUGUAGGAGACAAGUGUACUUGUCAGCUGUCGCUUAAGUGUUCAUUUACCGUGGUCUGGCCCACCUGACAUUACCAGGAACUCGGCAAAAGUCGGAGAUUUAAAAAGAUUGAUAGCUCAUUUGUUGAUCUGCAAUUUUCUUUUGAUAUUUGAUAUAUUAUAUUAUGUUUAUGUUACAAUUGAGUUCUCAUUCAGUAAAUAAAACAAUGCUGCAACUGUAUUUAACGGUUGAAGGUGUAUGAAAAUGAAGCUAAAAUUUGUGACUAGUGCUAUCUUUUCGAGUGCUGAUUACAGAUGUAUUUCUCUCUUUUGGGGCACGUAUUUUAACAUGAUUUUUAUCUGAAUCAUAAAAUUCUGAGAUCAGUUAAGGCUAUCAGAUUCAUUAUUUGCAUCAAAGGCAUGAAAAAUAUUCUGUUUUUACCUCAUUCAACUCAUUGGUAGAUGUUUAUGGGCUAAGCGUGCAAUGAUUAGUUUGUUAACAUCAAUCACUCUGAUAGAGAAAAUAUUAACUUAUCUUAGUCUGCUGUGUAGUAAAAAGUUCAUGAGAAAAGGUAGUUUCUCACUAGAGACAGGGAGCUCUUACCGGUGUAAAUAAAAAGUGAAAGUGUUCAGCUGACAAUCAAGCAACAGAUAGAAGCACCUCAAGAAGAGGUCGACCGGAGGAUGAAGAGAGUAUGAUCAGAGAUGAGGCAACAGACCAGUGGAUUAAGAGAGUAUGAUCAGAGAUGAGGCAACAGUCCAGUGGAUUAAGAGUAUGAUCAGAAUCAGAGACGAGAUCUGAGGCAAUCACCUAUGGUCAGGAUGUGCCGAAGUUAGAGGAAGUGGCCAGGGACAGAAGCGUGGCAUCAACUGCUCUCUGUCUUGUGUACCUGACGGUACAGGGAGAGAGUAAAAACAAGAUAAUGCUUUAUAUUUAUAUUAAUUUGCCAGAGUUUCCCUUUACUUUUUGAAAAAAAUAUGAAUGUAAAACUGCUAGAUCUAGUUUGGAUAUUGUCCUCAGUCAGUGAUGUCCCCUGUGAGUUAAAUCCCUCUGGAUGUAUGACCUGUUGUUGUUGUUUUUUGGGGUAGAUAGAAAUUGUCUGUUUUUUUAGUGGGUGUCGGUUUUUAUUGGAGGGGGGGGGGGGGGGGUUGUUGUUGUUUUUCAAAUGGUGCUCCCAUCUCAAUUUGACUGGUGUGUGCAUGAUUCAGAUGAGCUCUUUUUUUUGUGUGUCCUUUGAGACAGUGGACUGUGAAAACUUCAUGACAGGGUGAGGGGACGAAUGAAAGUGAAAGAAUGCACGAGAACCUACACAAUGUUUCUGGUCUUCUUGGAUUGUCUGUGGGGUGUAUUUCAAUCCCUCUUGGUCUUACCCUUCCCUUUUCUUGACAGAAGAUUGAUCAUGAAAUUUUACCACCUUUUAUUUCUGAUUUCCGGACGUUUUUCUGUAAAAACUAUUAUAUAUAGGAACUUAUAAUGCUGUAUGUGUAAUCUAAUGUUUAAAUUAUUAAUUUAAAAUGCAGUAAUGUAAUAUAUUCCUGUUUUUUGCUCUAAGUAGCAAACAAUCA